AUGGAAAGUCGGGCGACAACCGCAGAAUCGAAGCAUACUUAUCCGUCAAGUCCUUGGCUACACCAGCCUGCGAUAUCCUCGAGUAGCGCAACGCUGAACCCUUGCCACUUCGUCGACGCCUCGUCCCGCGUCCCCGCCCAGGUCGAUUUCUGGCCCCUUCUUUUCCCUCAGCAAGCAUCUGUCUACCAAGCGCAGUUGCUGCACUACACCAAUCUCGUCUCUCCGGGACGAGGAGGCGGCUUGCAACAACCACAACCGCUUCCUCAGGCGACAGUGGCGGCUCCUCACAUUCAGGCGGCCCCCCGUUCUCGAUCCUCCUCCAAGGUGUCGAACAAGGACCAACCCGCAACAAAAGGCACCCAAGGAGGCCAUGGGAAUAGAGUUGUGCAGAGCAAAGACAAAGGCGAUCGUGCUGUCAUAACAGGCAAGGACGCUCCGCCCAAGAUGCAGCAGCCAUCUCAGCCGGAGCUUUCGCAUCCUCUGCCCGCUCGCCCUGGGGCGCGCCCUACCAAUGGCCAAUCCCACUCCAACUCGAUGCCCUCCACGCCUCAACAACAUGCUAGGAACUUCUCGUUCGAGUCGCGCGAGCCAUCGCCUACCGCAACAAAUAACCACUCACCCCGCUCUGCUUACUCCGAAACGAAUAGCAAUCUUCCCUCAUUACGACCUCUCCCUCCUCGUUUGGGCGGUUGCCAAUAUGAGACGGCGCAGGUAAACUCGAGAAGGAGAAUGCCCUAUAGUUUAGGGAGCGACAAGCUUGAAAAGACGAACCUUGAGAAAAUCAAGAGCAAGCUGUCGGAAGAUGAAGAAAGGAAGUUGACCACAGAUAUGCGCGAGCUCUACGACAGGUUAAUACCGACUGAGAAGGUCGAGGAGAACCGCAAAAAGCUUGUCGUCAAAUUGGAGAAAAUCUUCAACGAGGAGUGGCCGGGAAAUGACAUCCGCGUCAAUCUCUUUGGUUCGUCGGGUAACCUGCUUUGCUCCGAUGACUCCGAUGUCGACAUUUGCAUCACGACACCAUGGAAGGAGAUGGAGGGCGUUUGCAUGAUUGCGAACCUCCUCGCAAAGAAGGGCAUGGAGAAGGUAGUCUGUAUUUCCGCCGCGAAAGUCCCGAUUGUCAAAAUCUGGGACCCCGAACUCGGCCUCGCAUGCGACAUGAACGUGAACAACACUCUGGCCUUGGAGAACACGCGAAUGGUGCGCACUUACGUCGAGAUCGACCCACGAGUGAGGCCACUGGCGAUGAUUGUCAAGUACUGGACACGGAAGAGGAUCGUGAAUGACGCUGCCUUCGGCGGCACACUCAGUUCCUACACGUGGAUUUGCCUGAUCAUCGGAUUCCUGCAACUCCGCGACCCGCCAGUCCUUCCGUCACUGCACCAGCGACAACACCAAAGGCUCCCUAAGAAGGGUGGGCCGGAGAGCGCGUUUGCCGAUGACCUCGACAAGCUUCGUGGGUUUGGCGACAAGAACAAAUCUUCUUUGGGUGACCUUUUGUUUCAAUUCUUCAGGUUUUAUGCGCACGAGUUCGACUACGAGAAGAAUGCCAUCUCGGUCCGCCUUGGUAGGAAAGUGUCGAAACAGGAGAAGGGAUGGCAUAUUGGUCUGAACAACUUCCUGUGUGUGGAGGAACCAUUCAACACUGUUCGCAACUUGGGCAACACUGCAGAUGAAUACUCUUUCCGCGGCCUUCAUCUCGAGUUGCGACGAGCAUUUGAUCUGAUCUCGGAAGCCAAACUGGAUGAGUGUUGCGAGCAGUACGUUUACCCCAAGGAGGAGCCGCCAACUUUCCAAAGGCCCGCGCAGACUUCGCGUCCGGUCAUGAUUCGCAGUUCUUCGCAGCAGCAUUCUGGCAGAGGAGGUGGCCGCGGCAACUACCGGGGCGGUCGUCAUUCUAACAACUUCCACCGCAACGGAAACUCCAACCGGAGAGCGUCGUCGAGCGUUGCCUAUGAUACUAACACAAUGUACAUGCCGCAAGUAGCAGUCACACCGCAGGAGCUCGCCUGGUUCACACAACAGCCGUCAGCUCACCAGCUUCAGUACCCCGCGCUUGUGAGUGCAGCCAUGGCCGCCCAAUUACAGCAGGAAAAUAACCUUCGCAUCCAGCUCUACAGCCAGUCCCAGGUAUACCAGCAAGUACAAGCCCAGAUGGCUGCGCAAAUGCAUGCUGCACAGAGAAUGCAAAGCUCCAACGCAAACUCGCAGCAGGGCUCCGAGCGAUCUAGGACCAAUUCGUUCGACAACCCUCCCCUGAGUGCUCCCAUCGCUGCUCCUGAGUGGUACAGCAUGUAUGGUGGUGUUCCCUUCCCCGCUACCUACUACAACCAGUCUGGAUUCACGUACCCAUCCUCACCUGCAACAACCACGGCGACACCGGAGUACCGUCGAGGAUUGCAAAGGUCUUCAGUGACAACGGAAUCCGGCAACUCGACGUCGGGAAGCUCGCUGAGGUCUCAAUCGCAGCCAGCUUCGCGGUCUGGCCCAGCAGGACAACAGGCGCAAGGCUACCCCGGCUCCAGCACGCCAACGAAUGGAAGCUCGCAUCCGCCCCGCCAGGCCAAUGGAGUUCCGAUCCCGAGCUUCAUCCCUGACGACGCUGAUUACGACGAGGCGCCUCAACGGCCUGCAAGCAACUCACCAAACUCCGACGAUGGAGCUGCGUACUUGGGCUACUAUGUUUCAGAAGCAUCCAGUCCAGCCCGCUCUCAAGACCAUAUUGGACCGCCGGAUGCGAAGAACGUCACGCUCACCAUCCCCUUUGGGCCAUGCUCGAACCUUUUCAACGAGCACGUCAGCCCAGCAAGACCGUUGGUGGUCAACGGGACGGGCUCUUCUCUACGCACGAGCUCUACUCCCUUCCAGUCAGCCCCAGUACCCGAUGCGACGCCGGCCGAAGACUCAUCUAGAUCGUCUCAGGAAACCCCACUCCAAGCUCAAGGCUUAGGAAUUAGCGGUUUUACUACGGACCAGGUUGAUGGUCAGUCUUCGUUUCGGUCUGAGCCUGUGAAGACACCUAUUUCAGAGCGUCCCCCAGUGAUUGUCAACGGCACGACCACACCCUCAUCGAUCAGCAACACUGCUGCCACGGCCUCGCCUGCUUCAGCGCCUCGACCUGUCGACGACCCUUCGUUUCGCGACAGAAUCGCCUUAAUGAAUCAGUAUGGGUGGUCACAGCAAGCUCAGGCGUCGCCGGAGGUUCCCGUCGGAAACCAAAUUUCCCUGCAGCGAAGGGCUAUGCGGCAGCAAAGUGGGGUGAUAGCACCGCUCGAUCUGGCGACCAGGGAGAACAGGAUGAACGGCCAUCAACUUAGCAUUGAUGCUCAACAUCUCUCACCCAUCAACGAGACACGUUCGCCUUCUCCGACAGUCGUGAGGAAAGGCGACUUCCAAGUGAAGGGUGAUCUGCAGAGUGGCCACGCAGAGUCGACCCUGCCGGCUCACAAAGACAAGGGUCAGGUUGUGAAGGAGGCCAAGCAAAGUCAAUCGACGCAAUCGUCAAAGUCUCAGUCGUCAAACGCGCAGCGCCAAUCGGGUCAGCCCGCAAGAACAAACGGCAACCGGGAGAACGGCCAUCGCGGCGGCAAGAACGAUGGUCAUGGUCACGACGGAGGAUGGCAAAAAGCUACCAAGGGUCGAAAAAAGGGCGAUGGGAAGAACCAAGGCAACGGAUUUGUCUCCAGCGAGCUGCCGCCCAAGCAUGACGCAGAUCGUAAGGGUGGCUAA